GGAAGCACCAUGAAAUAGAGUGAAUCUCAAUGUGACGGCCAGGCAGCAGUGGGUUGCUCAUUUAUGAGAACUGGGCUUUCUCUCAACACCUGAGAUCGAAUUGCAUCAGGUUGCCUGGUAUUGCUGCUCCUACAAGUUCUAAAGUAUCGACCGAGCCUGCAGCAUGCUUCUAGGACUUCCACCAGAGCUAAUACAGCUCGUUCUUCAGCAUUCCACCACGCCCACUUACAUACAGUUGGCUUUCUCUUGCCGCACACUGUUUGAGAUUGCCUCCACUUGUCGUGAAGUGAUCUUACUUCAUUUACGUCGGACCCCUGGUUUGGAUCUGGAUGUCAAGUCCUCACCAACAAGGGAUCUCUUCAGAUUACUCGUCAAACGCUCGAUUCGGCAAUUGUAUGGUGCACAGUACUAUGCGACUCGUAAGGUCUUUGCUGCUGAGGGACUGGCCAUUGACGCCCGAGCUUCUGCCUUUGCAACCUCUGGAAAUCCAAACCUCGCGCUUGUUUACAAAGGUGAGAGUGUCCGCAUCUUUCACGCUCAUAAUGGGAAUAUCUCACCAGUGUGUUGCCUGAAACCACCCUGGAGACAACCUGGGCGAGUGGAAGUCCUCAAAACAGCAUUUGAUCGAGGGAACGGCAUCUACGUCCUGCAGCGGUUCACUCCUUCCAUCGACGAGGGUAAUGUGGACGAGGAACAGCAUCCUUUCGUCAAGCAUGCUCUGCAGUCAGGUUCAAACCCAAUCGUUUAUCUUGCUCAUCAUGGGAUUGAGGCCCCAGACGAUGGCGUUCGGGUAUGCGCCUUUCCAGAACAUACCGAUUACGUACCUCUGGGUCUUGGAGCUGCCGAUAGAGAUACAUUUGCGAUUUCAUGGCAACAUGCCCGCGAUAGCGGUCAAACUGAGGUUGUCCUCUAUACAAUCCUGCAAGAAUCAACUGACGAGGAAUCUGGAAUAAUCAGCUUCAGUUACAAGUCUCGCGUUCUUUUGGAAGAAUCUGGAGAGCAGCCUGAUGUGGACGGAGCUCUCACGGUAUCAUCUGCCAGAAGCGGGCUCUCGGAUUCAAAGGGACCUGUGAUCGACCUUGCUUUCAACGACAGAAAUAGUCAAUUGCUUUACUACUAUCGAGGAUGGACUCUAUAUGGUUCAUUCCAGAAGAUCAAUACAUCGUCAGACUUGACCCAGCCUACUCUACAUAGAAAUUCAUGCACGGUGCAUUUCUCAGAUUCCUUGAGUCUCCGUUUCUCGAUUGCGAUCCCCUUUUUUGGGACACAUCAAACAUACAGUGCAAACAAUCUCUCGAUGUGCCAUUGGAAAUACCUUUCUUUUGGAAUAGCCAGACAGCGGGAGGAGAAUUGGACAGUGGCAUGUAUACUGAAGUCCGAAGCUCGCUGCCGGACACGUCACUGUGGACAUGAAUUAAACCUCGACCGCGGAAGGCGACUUUCGGAUUGGACAAUAGUUGGGCUGCUUCGAGGCUAUCAGGAUCCAACUAGUUCUCUUGGCUGUAUUGUUGCUGCGUCUGCACGGGGCACACGGCUUGCAAUUGCAAAUUGGAACAUGAUUUACGUCUGGGCACUCGAACCAAAUGCACUGAUAGAGGAGAAUAAAAGCGGUUUUUACCCGCCCUAUUUUCAAUCUGCCAAUAUGGACAUGAUUGAAUUGCAGUCCAUUAUUCUCCAUCUAGAUGCUGUAUGUUUCAAACUUAUCUUUACGGAUAAGGAGGACGAGCUUUUGGCCAUCACAGACCGAGGGGUGAUGUAUUGGGAUCUUGGCCCGUCGGGCAAGGGGGAACAGAUGACAUACAAACUCGACCUCUAAGGGACACCAGAGAAAGGAAGUGCAGAUGCCAUAGAAAGCAAAUUAGGCCGUGACUGAAGUUCUGGUUAUGUGGACACUGCUGCAUGAUGGCGAUGCUCGAGCCUGCUAGCUCUGUUUCAUUAGCAGCACUUACAAAAUGCAUAUUUUCACCCGCUACAUAUCCUAACUGUUCGAUAUUCUCAUUUGAAGCAGCCUGAUAGUACGACAAUAACCGGACUGGAACAUCGUGAGGACACUGGAGCCGAAAUCCAGGAUAAGCGCUUAUAAAAGGGUGGCAUAUAGACCAACCACCCUCCCUGGUGGUGGUGGUGGUAAAAAAUUGAUUUACAGAACACAUUAAAAUUCUGGAUAGAUAUUGCGGCUUGGGAGCAGUACAUGCGUAGCGUAGAUUGACAAUAUUUUCUUUGCGGGGAUGAAUAUAGAAAGCUACUGUUGUCUUUCUCCACCACCAGCAGUGGCCAGGAAUGUAACGACGAGAAUGACCCACCAGUACCUAAAGCGCAGAGUAGAAUGAUUGUCAGACUCGAAGACCACCUAGAAGAUGCAUAUAGAGAUAUAAACUUACUUCUGAAAGAAGGUUUUCUCGGCGACCUCUUCAGUACCUGUGCCAUCGGGACUGACCACAACGGGCCUGUUAAGAUAGGGACGAGGACCUGCCUCAUUCGAAAUGAGCUCCAAGUUCAGGUCCCACGUUGAGGAAGUAAUAUCAUUAUUCGAAGAUGACAACGAUAAGGAGGCAUGGUAGAUUUGGUUGUUAGGUCCGAGGUGAAGUUGGAGCGUGGGUUUCUGAUCACGGUUACUUGUCAAUGCAGAUAGUGAGGUGAGACUUCCAACCCAUUGCCUUGGAUUGGCGGGAGUAGAAGUGAAAAGACCAAUGCGAACGAGGUCAUCAGUAUGGUAAUCAACCUUGCUCUGUUCGGCACCGACAGCAUUCUGAGGAGGGGUGUACGACAGGAUGCUCGACUUCAAGGAAGCCGGAUCAUAAGAUACACGAGACAGAAUCGACGGCUGCGGAGAUGCGAGGGGCCAGUACAGGAUAUCAGCUGUAGCAGGCAGCGCAGAAGAUGAGGAAUCGGCGGCAGUCCAAACGAUCAGGGAGAAGAUCACAUAAAGGACGGCAGAUGGUCGACGCAUGUUUGACUCUCGCGCGAACUGCCCAGGAGAAGGAAAGAACAAUUGUAAUGAUGAUUAUUGAUACGAUUUAUCCUGUGCAAAAGAGCCUAGAAUUGGAUGAGCGUAUUCGGAGUACAGCACUCCAUCAACAACAAUGGAGCCCAGUGAGGAACGAG